AUGAUCAAUCUCAAUUCGAAGAACUAUGACUUACUGUGUCGGUGGUGUUAUUAUAUUCCUCCUUCUUUUUGUUCCUCUACCCAGAACGAACCAGUUCAGAGAUAUGUUCAAGAAGUGAUCACUCGAGACAAAGCAGCUCAAAGUCUGCGACCCGCUUUAGGAAGCACUCAGCGAAUCAUUCAGGAGCUCCUCUCUUCCACGCAAGUGAAAAGGAAGGAAAACCGUUACCGUGUGAUCGCCAGCCAUCGACCUAACUGUACCGAAACAGUUGCACCUGUCAUAAAUGGCGAGGAGUCGAUUGAUGGUGACAGAUCGGACUCUGAAGCAACACAAGAUGCUUCACAAAAGGAGAGCGGUGCUGGGGAUGAGAGUUCGGACUGCUGUGGGAAAUUCCAGUUGUUUGAUAUUGAACAGGAAGAGGAGGUGGUGGGAGACUCCAGCGUAACUGCUGCAAACCCACAGAAGACUGAUCCAGAUGUGAUUCUUUGCAAUGCAGUAGAGAUGAUCCGUGAGCGUUUAAAUGUUUCUGAAGAUGGUAAAAAAGAACACCGUGAGAAAGAAGAUGAGUAUGUUUACGACAUCUACUAUAUGGAAACAUCAGCCCCUGGUUGGAUAGAAAAUAUCCUUUCUGUACAGCCAUAUAGAGAAGAAUAUGAACUGGUAGUUAAUGAUGAUGUUCCAGGGGAAUUAUAUGAAGAUGAAGAUGAUGAAAAUGAUGAAAAUAACUGGCGCAACGAUUAUCCUGAUGAAGAUGAAUUCUUACCUGAUGAAGAUGGUGAUGGAGAAAAAGAGUCUGACGAGAGCUUCAGUGAUGAGGACCAGUGUUACAGGAGAAGAACAUGGAAUAAAUACCGACAGGAGGUUCUAAAGGAAUUUGGAUAUGAUGAGAUCCAGGAUCUGGAUUCUGAUUAA